ACUGUUCAAGCCCAAGUGUAACAAGAGUUCGCCAGACUGCUGGAAACAGUUUGUUUACAGGCAGAGGCCCUCAGACUGUCCUAAUAUAUGUGGCUGAUGUAAAUCUCCUGUUGUGUUUUAGUUGAGCGUUGAGUUUAUUUGUGAUUUAUCUUCAGAUUAACCUUUUUACUGUUGGACUGCUUUUAGUUGAUGUCCCACUAAUUACUGUUGGGCAAUUAAACACAGGCUGUGUCCUGUAGUGUACAUAUAAACACAGCCUCCACAGAAACUCGUUAUUAGUGAGAUAUUAGCGGCGGGAGGCCUCAAUUUUUAUAAAACAGAGCAGUUUGAGAAGCUGCUGUUGCUGCUGCUCUUCGCUCCGCUCCGCUGUGGAGGUGACGAACUCCCGCCGCCAUCUUGAAGCGGAGCCCGUUCACAGCCCGCCGCGCUGAGGAGGAACUAUGCCGCGGGGCCGACCACGAAAACAAGGGGGCAGUGGCCCCGGGAGCGCAGAUGGAGGUGAGGAGCUAAAAGCUGAUGGUUCUUGUGGUGUGGAGCACAGGUGCAGCAUCUGCUCUCAGACCUACAGCACAGAGAAUCAGCUGCACAGACACCUGCGUGAUCAUGAGGUCAAUGACAAGCCUCAUCGCUGUGACCUCUGCCCCCAGUCCUUUAACAUGGAGUUUAACCUCCGGCUCCAUAAAUCCACACACAACAAUGCUGACCCCACCUGUCCUGUGUGUGAUAAGAAAUUCUCCAGAGUGGCCAGCCUUAAGUCCCACAUCAUGGUGCACGAGAAAGAAGAGAACUACCUGUGUUCGGAGUGUGGAGAUGAGUUCAUCCUUCAGAGUCAGCUGUCCCUGCACCUGGAGGAACAUCGAAAAGAACUUUCAGGAACCAAGGUGUAUAACUGCAGGACCUGCGGCAAAGAGUUCACAUCAGGCUCCCUGCUGAAGGAGCACAUGAAGACCCACAUCAAGAUCAGACCCAUUAUAACCACGUCAAGAAACUACAAGAAGAGCAUAGAUCGGAGCGGCUUCACCAACACCUGCCAUCACUGUGGAAAAACGUUUAAAAAACCCAGCCAGCUUGUCCGACACAUUCGCAUUCACACAGGAGAGCGGCCGUAUAAGUGCAGUCACUGUGAAAAAUCGUUUAACCAGAAGGUGGUGCUGCAGACCCACAUGGUGCGACACACUGGAGAGAAACCCCAUCUGUGCAUGCUCUGCCCCGCCUCCUUCUCACAGAAAGGAAACCUGCACUCACACGUCCAGAGGGUACACUCUGAGUGUGCAGGUGGGCCUGUGUACCCCUGUAUGGACUGCAGCUGUGUGUAUAAGAAAUUGGGCAGUUUAAAUGCUCACAUCAGUAAAAUGCACAUUUCAAUCUUGGAGGUGGAGGAGUCAGCCAGCACCCAGGAGGGUGUGGAGCCUGGGCAGGAAGGAGCAGCUGAGGGGGCAGAGGGGGUCACCGAUGUGAUCCAGCAGCUUCUUGAACUAUCCGAACAAGUAACAAACGACAGCACCCAGGCUCCGCCCCCUGGGCCCACCAUUACCAUGGAAACAGCCAUCAACCAGGACAUUCUGCAGCAAGCCCUGGAGAACAGUGGUCUCAGUGCCAUCCCAGUGCAGUCCGACACACAGAGCAGUGCGGGUUCCAGGCCCGACCCUGCAGUUCCUGUCCCGGCCACAGGGGGUUCCAGCACACCCAGCCAGAAACCAGCCACAACUCAUAAAGUGCUAAAGAAGGAAAAGAGGAGCAUCUUUAAAAAACCUAUACAGAUGCCAGGCACCAUUAGAGAGGAGCGCGGGGUGCGCUGGCACGGCUGCCCGUACUGCUCUAAAGAGUUUAAGAAGCCCAGUGACCUGGUGCGGCACAUCCGCAUACACACGCACGAGAAGCCGUUCAAGUGUAAGCAGUGUUUCAGAGCGUUCGCAGUGAAGAGCACGCUUACUGCACACACCAAGAUACACACCGGUAUCAAAGCCUUCCAGUGCCAGUACUGCAUGAAGUGCUUCUCCACGUCUGGCAGCAUGAAGGUCCACAUGAGGCUGCACACGGGUGUGCGGCCGUUCCCCUGUCCUCACUGUGACAAAAUCUUUCGGACGUCGGGUCACAGGAAAACGCACGUCGCUUCACACUUCAAAAACAUCCAACAGAAAAAACACAAAUUCCCUAGAAAACCUCACCGAAACAGAGCAGCCAAAAGCAGCCUUCCAGUGCCCGAUAUACCACUGCAGGAGCCAAUACUCAUCACAGACCUGGGGCUGAUGCAGAGCCAGAACCCACGGGCUGCUCUUCAACAGUACCUGGAGAUGGUGGACCGGCCGUAUAAGUGCAACUUCUGCAGUAAAUCCUACAAGAAAUCCAGCCAUCUCAAACAGCAUGUCAGGGCUCACACUGGAGAGAGGCCGUAUAAGUGUGUGCAGUGCAGUAAAGGCUUUGCAUCAUCCGGCGUGUUGAAGGCUCAUAUCCGUACACACUCCGGCCUGAAGGCAUAUAAGUGUCUGCUGUGUGACACAACCUUCACCACCAACGGCAGCCUGCGGCGUCACAUGACCACACACAGCGACAUCCGACCAUACAUGUGUCCCUACUGCCAGAAAACCUUUAAAUCAUCACCCAACUGCAGGAAGCACAUGAAAACACACAGGUAUGAACUGGCUCAGCAGCUCCGACAGCAGGGCUCGUCAGAGGCUGCACCUCUGGAGGACCCCAUGGGCGGGGUCAGCGCAGUGGACGGAGCCAACUCUGUGGAGGACCCGAUGGGCGGGGCUAAUGCAGUGGAACACACAAUGGGAGGAGCCAGUACGGUAGCACAUGACCUUCAGGUGGAAAUGCAGGUGGGGCCUACGGGGCUAAACCAGUCCACUUCUACCAUGGGGGCGGAGCCUCAGGCCAUGCUGCAGGUAGUGGGUGGAGGCCAGCAGGUGGCGCUGCAGACACAGCUCGGGGACAGCACGCUGGUGCAAGAUGCAGACACGUUUGUGAGCACACAGCACAUUAGCCAGUAUGAAACUCCAGCACUUCCACAGCCCACGUACGACCAGCAGCCACUGACGCAAGGAUUCUCCAUCACUGAAGGAUUUUCCCAGCAGCCCUCACUCUCCACUGUGCAGCAGCUACAAGAUUCCAGUACACUGGAGUCACAAGCUCUAACCUCAACAUACCACACACAGAGCUUACUCACCCAUGAGGCGGCUAGUUUACUGCAGGAGACAGCUGAGGGCCAGUUGCAGUUGAGCAGGCAGACGGACCAGUACCAUGAUGAAGAGGAAAACAGGAGAGCUUACAGGUGCAACAUGUGUGAUAAAGGGUUUAAGAAGUCCAGCCACCUGAAGCAGCAUGUUCGCUCACACACCGGAGAGAAGCCGUACAGGUGUAACCUCUGCGGCCGGAGCUUCGUUUCUGCAGGAGUGCUCAAAUCCCACCUCAACACACACACAGGUGUAAAAGCUUUCAAGUGUAAUGUGUGCGACUCUUCCUUCACCACUAAUGGCAGUCUGAAUCGACACAUGAUCAUCCAUAUGAACACCAAGCCCUUCAAGUGCUCUCAGUGUGUUGAAAGCUUCCGCACACACUUGUUACGCAGGAAACACAUGAAGCUUUUCCAUGCCAUCGGAUCCAGAGUGCUGGACGGGGAAGAGGCAGGUGAGGAGGACUCUGGUACAGAACAAUCCAUGAUGAAGAGGAACCGGGCAGGCAUCAUCACCUUCACCGAGGAGCAGACAGCCGAGCUGGCCAAGAGGGAGCCUGGGGACAGCGCCUCUGUUUCUGAGAAGGUUCUGGUCCAGUCGGCUGCAGAGCGAGACCGCAUCAGUGAGAUAAAGGACAAAGCAGUGGUUCUGGACCUGGAGCCCAAGUUUGCCAACCGCUGCCAGUACUGCCCAAAAAGCUUCAAAAAGCCCAGUGACCUGGUCAGACACAUCCGGAUUCACACUGGAGAAAAGCCAUAUAAGUGUGACGAGUGUGGGAAGAGUUUCACAGUGAAAUCAACGCUAGACUGCCAUGUAAAGACACACACAGGUCAGAAGCUGUUUAACUGCCACAUGUGCAACACCUCGUUCUCCACGAAGGGCAGUCUGAAGGUGCACAUGCGUCUGCACACCGGAUCCAAGCCUUUCAAGUGUCCGUACUGCGAUCUGCGCUUCCGCACAUCCGGCCAUCGCAAAACACACAUUCAGUGCCACAUGCGGCAGGGUAUGGAGGGCAGAAAGAUCAGGCGUGGUGGCGAGAGGGCAGUGGGUUCAACCAGUCAGAACCAGUCUCAUACCCAGGCUCCGCCCAGCCAGCAGAGUUCCACGGUGGCAGAACCACUGCCCCCUGUAGGCCUGCUGCAUACUGCACCCACUGACCCCCACAUCUAUAUCCCCACCAACCCUGUUCUCACCGGCCAGUACGAGCCAACGCUGCUGCAGCAAGGCAUUGUGGGACAGGCAAUGCUGCCUGCAACUAUGUCAGCAGGUGGUGAUCUGACCGUCUCCCUGACCGAAGGUUUGGCCACUUUAGAGGGAAUUCAGUUGCAGCUCGCCCCAGCCAGCCUCCUCUGCCCCAAUGUACAGAUCUCCGGCAUCGACACAACAAACAUCAACAACAUUACACUGCAGAUCGACCCCAGUAUCCUUCAGCAGACCCUGCAGCAGAGUGGUCUUCUCUCACACACCCUAACUGGAGAUUCUCACACUCAUUCCGCCACACACCUGCUGGCAACCACCGGUGAAGCUUCCGUUCCCGCCAACGUCGUCAUCCAGCCAAUCAGCAGCCUGCCUUUACAGACUCCACCCACUCCAGCCAGUGUCACUAUCGGCAGCCUUACAGAACAGGACAACACAGGUUCGGAGCAGCUGGCCCAAGUAGUUGGGGGCGGAGCCGGAGGCCCAGAGAUCACACUCACAAUCAGUAACUCCAGCCUCACCCAGGCACUCACACACUCGCAUGCACACUCCGCCAAUACACCAGCCAGCAGCAACCAGGAGAUCACACUCACCAUCUCAGGCCAGGAUCUGUUGGCCCAGUCCUGCGGUAAUGCUGGAGCAGACGUGGGCGGACCAUUGAGACUGACUGCACCUCAUACCAGCCUCAGUUCUGAGCAGCUCCUCCCACAUAGCCCCACCCCCAGUAGCAUGGCAGUUACCACGCUAGCCCCCAGCACCUCUCUCUCUCAGAACCUUGAGAUGUCCUCAGCAGGCGUGGUCAGUGACGGCAGCGUCACGCUCACCCUCGCAGACACACACAUGCUGGAUGCAGUCACACUCAACCUGAACACACAGGGUCAGCCAUUUCCAGCUGUGGGUGAAGAAGGCUCAGCGGUGCAGUCGGCCCGCAACACACAGCAGGUUAUACUGGUCAAUCACCCAGCAGACAGCGCAGCGCAGCAUGAGAUGGAUGAAGACCAUGCUGAAGUGAAGGGGUCAGAUCUGGAUGUUCAUCAGUGUUUCUACUGCAGUCAGACGUUACCCACGGCAAAUGCUCUGCGGCGGCACUGCAGGACCACGCAUGGCAAGGAGCGCUGCCACGUGUGCCGCGUGUGCAGCAAGGCUUUCAAACGUGCAACGCACCUAAAGGAGCAUGAAUACGUUCAUCUGAAUGGUCCAACUCUAAGCUCUCAGAAGCCUCGUGUGUUUAAAUGCUCCAGCUGUGACAAAGCCUUCGCCAAACCCAGCCAACUGGAGAGACACGUCCGCACACACACAGGUGAACGACCCUUCAAGUGUGCGCAGUGUGACAAAGCGUUUAAUCAGAAGAGUGCUCUGCAAGUCCACACGGUCAAACACACCGGCCAGAAACCGUACAAGUGUGAGGUGUGCACCAUCAGCUUCACCCAGAAGAGCAACAUGAAGCUGCACAUGAAGAGGUCACACGGCUACGGGAAGCAGUCAGAGGGGGAUCGAGAGGUGGACCCAGACCAGGAGUGUGUGUCUGAUCCUCCACAGGCUGCAUCCUCCACGGACAAGACUUCAGCAGAACUGGAACCAGGCGGAGAUUGGCAGUGUGCCAUUCCCAACGUCUUCCCCUAAAACCAACUAAACCUCCUAAACCUGCUGCAUUCUGGACGCUCACUUUAUCAAGGGCACUGCAUCGACGCAUCAAUUCCCUUAAAUGCUGUUUAAUCUCCUUUAAGACAUUAAAUCUUCCCCUAAAUCUCACACUUUCAUCCACUAAAUUGUACACACCAAACUGUUUCAGUGAAUACUACAGAACUAUCUCACUGAAAAAUCUACAGAGCUAUCUUUCCACAGACUUCAAAUUCAGAGGUGGGCAAAUCCAGGUCUGAAGGACAGAUUCCUGCACAGAUUUGUGCUUUUCCUGCUGAAGCACACCUGAUACAAAUCCCAUGUUAAUUAAUCCCAAGUUUAGUAGGUCUGAAUAGUAGGCUUUAUUCAAACUGCCAUUCUAAAUCUUAUUAUUUUGUAUACAGUUUGAUUUUUGAUAGUCUAGACAGCCUGAAACCACAUGAAAUCCAAAAUCUGAUUUUUUUUUUCAGUUUGGACAUUACAAUUGUAUUUUCUUGGGACCCCGCACUUAUGACACUAGAUUUGUUAAAGACAUAAAUUGUCAUGUAAGUGAUCAGCAUAAAAGACAUACUGUAAUCUGAUUAGAGUGUCCAGAUCAUCCAUACUGAGAAGCAUCUGUACAAAUCUUUACAAAUCUUCAAGUGGUUUGGAUAUGAUGUGCAACAAAAAUUGAUUUAAUAUGGUUUUUAGUUUUUUUUCUUUCCAGACUAUUAAAGUUCUAUCUGAAUACAAUCUACAGCUCUGGAAAAAAUAAGAGACCACUUCAAUUUCUGAAUCAGUUUCUCUGAUUUUGAGUAAAAUGAACAUGUAUGUUUUAUUUUAUUUAUAAAAAUAUUGUCAUUCAGAGCAUUUAUUUGCAGAAAAUGAGAAAUGGCUGAAAUAACGAAAAAGACGCAGAGCUUUCAGACGUCAAAUAAUGCAAAGAAAGCAAGUUCAUAUUCAUAAAGCUUUAAGAGUUCAGAAAUCAAUAUUUGGUGGAGCAAACCUGUUUUUUAGUUACAGUUUCAUGCAUCUCUGGCAUGGUCUCCUCCACCAGUCUUACACACUGCUUUUGGAUAAUUUUGUGCCUUUACUCCUGGUACAUAAUUUCAAGCAGUUCAGCUUGGUUUGAUGGAUUGUGAUCAUCCAUCUUCCUCUUGAUUAUAUUCCAGAAGUUUUCAAUUUGGUAAAAUCAAAUAUUUUUUUUUCCAGAGCUGUAGAUAUGCCAAAAUCUGAUUUCAUGUCAUUAUUGGAUGUUCUUUGAAUUGUCACAUAUCUGGAUUCAGAUCUGUAUACAGUUUAGACAUGUCAAAUAUCAGAUUUGGACUGGCAGUGUGUGCAUAACCAUAUAUUGUAUAUUAUAUAUUAUAGGAGCUCUCCAGAUACAGAUC